CAGCGCUUCCGCACUCUGAGCCGACGAUACUACGAACCACAGAAUGUCUCGCGGACCGGGGCCUAUUCCAAACCGUUGGUUGCACUGUCCACGCAAAUCGGAUACGUUGGUUGCGGAACGUUUUCUCGCAUUCAAGACGCCGCUGAAGCGAGAAUUCCAAGCACAGAUGCCGCUCGAAUGUACUUUCACACCGUCGAUGUUGUUCGAUCUGAUGCGGCGGCACAAGGUGCGGAUCGGUCUCUGGAUUGACUUAACCAACACGAGCCGGUUCUACGAUCGACACGAAAUCGAAGACAGCGGGAGCCAGUACAUCAAAUUGCAGUGUCGCGGCCACGGCGAAACGCCGUCCAGGGAGCAGUCCAAAUCGUUCAUAGAGAUCGUGGAGGAGUUCAUCCAAGGAAAUCCCCUCGAUGCGAUCGGAGUCCAUUGCACGCACGGCUUCAACCGGACCGGGUUUCUGAUCGUCUCGUACAUGGUCGAGCGCAUGGACUGUGCGGUCGAUGCCGCCAUCAUGGCGUUUGCACAGGCCCGUCCGCCUGGCAUCUACAAGCAGGAUUACAUUACAGAGUUGUUCCGCCGAUAUGGGGACGAAGAGGAUGCCCCGAUGGCGCCGGAACUGCCCGGCUGGAGUUUGGAGUACGACGACGGAGAGCCAUCGAAUCAGCAACAGCCGUACCACUUGCAGCAGCAAGAGAACUUUGACGAUGAUCUAAACGAAGGAGAGUUGCCUCCGGGCGCGACUACAUCUGAAUCAAAACGGACCCACGAAGCAAUGAGUGCCGACAAUGGUGGUGGUGGCGGCAAAUCCAACGGUCAUGGCCCUCCCUCAAAGCGAAAGCGUCCCUCGUUCAACCCGAAUGCCGUUUUCAUGGAGGGCGUGCCGAACGUGACGCUCGUGCACGACGUCAGUCUGAUCGGUCGCUUGCAAGAGAAGGUUCGCAGCAUGUGCGGUAGCAAGAUGCAGGGUUUCUCCGGUGCGCAGCCGGUUUCGAUGGAUAUGCACAAUAUCCGCUACUUGACUGAGGCUCCCUAUCGGGUGUCGUGGAAGGCCGACGGAACGCGCUACAUAAUGCUCAUCGCUCGCGCCAACGAAAUCUACUUUUUCGAUCGUGACAAUUCCGUGUUCUCGGUUCGGGGAAUUCGAUUUCCUACGCUGGAGGAUCCGAGCCGUCACCUCACGGAUACACUCGUCGACGGUGAGAUGGUGAUCGACACGUUCAACCAGCAACGCAUCCCGCGAUACCUCGUGUACGACGUGAUUUACUUCGCCAACCGCGAAGUGCGAAAACUUCCGUUCCAUCCCGAUCGGUUGAAUCUGAUCGAUCGAGAGCUGAUCGGGGCGAGGACGAGGGCGAUGCAGAAAGGGAUGAUCGAUCGGCCGAAGGAACCGUUCGGUGUACGCCUGAAGCAGUUUUGGGACAUUGGCCAAUCGAAGGCUCUGCUCGGGCCCAAGUUCACCGAAAAACUAGGCCACGAACCAGACGGUCUGAUCUAUCAGCCGUCACUCGAUCCGUACGAACCGGGCGUGUGCCCGCGGGUGCUCAAAUGGAAGCCGCACGAAAUGAACUCCAUCGACUUCCGGCUGAUGAUAAAGGAAGAGGCCAAACUGGGGAUGCUGCCCCGGAAGGUGGGCCUCCUCUUUGUAGGCGGCAUGGAGCGCAACUACGGAGAGAUUAAACUGACGAAGGAGCUGCGAAAGCUCAACAAUAAGAUCAUCGAGUGCAAGUACGACGACAAUGGGUGGGUGUUGAUGCGCGAGCGAACGGACAAAUCGUUCCCGAAUAGCUACGAGACGGCCAAGAGUGUGUGGGAAAGCAUUCGCAAUCCCGUGACGGCCGAUCGGUUGCUCAGCUUGAUCGACAAGGAAGGGUUCCGAUCGGACUCGGAACGCAUGCCACCGCCGAGACCACAAUAAGAA